CUUGCCAGUAAACACAGAACUGAUCUCGGAGGCAAUCGGGGAAUGAGAAGAGACUCUGAGUGCUCGUGUUCAGGGGAGAACUCCACUUUGGGAAUAGCACAGAUAAGCAAAGCAAACGACAUGCACUAAUGAGACUGUUCACUGCUGCAUACAGUGGCUUGUAGAGAAAUAGCCCUACAGUACUAGUUGCACAGAGAGCUAUUUAAAGAAAAACAUUUUUGAUUUGAUCUUUUUUGUGUUCCAUCUCAGGCAGAGUCAGAGCAUAGACAGUUCAGCAUACCCAUCUCCAGAAGUGUGCUUUUGAGAAGAAAAGAAGACAAACAGAAACUACUGUUUUUGAGGUUUUUGUUUUGGUGUGUGUGCUUACUUACUCUUUACAUGAAGUAAAACACUUCAUUGUCCAGAGAGAAAAAAGGAUGCCUUUUGGGAAAUGAGUGGAUCCAGGCAGGAUCAUGACAUAAUUUGCCAGAGGGCGGUUGGUCUGAUUGUUGACCUGUGUCAGAAGAAAAACCCAGGCCUGGAACCCAAAACUUGUCAGGAUUUCCUGCUGCUUCUGUCAGAGCAAAGCUCCAGCAUUUCUGAGUCAGACCUGUCGUUUGGCCUCCUUGCUGUCGUGGUCAUAGUGUGUGGCCUGGCCCUGUUGGGAGUCUUUGUUUUUGUCUUUUGGAAGCUGUGCUGGGUGCCCUGGCGGGACAAGGCUGUGUCGUCCGGCGCUGCUGUUCUGGCCCCCACCUACCCCUCCGGCGGAGGAGGAAACUGUCACAAAGGGAAAAUGGCCACGGAAAAGCUGAAGGACUCAGGUGCCAUGAACUUCCUGGAGGCGGCAGUGAAGAUCAGUCACACUUCGCCAGACAUCCCCGCCGAAGUCCAGCUCUCCAUGAGAGACCACUUCCUGCGGCGAACUCGCAUGCAGCGCCAGACCACUGAGCCAGCCUCUUCCACCAGGCACAAUUCAUUUAAGAGGCAUCUCCCAAGACAGAUGCAUGUAUCAAGCCUGGACCUUGGCACAGACCUUCUGCAUGUCGAUGAACAGCCAACAAGUAUAGGACGCAUCAAACCAGAGCUUUACAAGCAGAAGUCUGUGGAGGCCGAGGACUCUUCCAAGAACAGUGCUAAGACAUGUGGCAAGAUCAACUUUUCCCUCAUGUAUGACUACGAGAACGAGUCCCUUGUUGUGAACAUCCUCAAAGCCUUUGACCUUCCUGCUAAGGAUCUCUGUGGCAGUUCGGACCCCUACGUCAAGAUUUACUUGCUUCCUGACCGCAAGCGCAAGUUCCAGACCCGAGUCCACCGCAAGACCCUCAACCCAACGUUUGACGAGUCCUUCCAGUUCCCGGUACCAUACGAGGAGCUGAGCUGCCGGAAGCUUCACCUGAGCGUCUUUGAUUUCGACCGCUUCUCUCGCCACGACAUGAUCGGGGAAGUAAUACUGGAGAACCUCUUUGAGGCAUCAGACCUUUCAAGAGAGACAUCGAUCUGGAAAGACAUCCAGUAUGCCACGACGGAGAGUGUUGAUCUGGGAGAAAUCAUGUUUUCACUAUGUUACCUGCCCACUGCUGGCCGUCUCACACUCACAGUGAUUAAGUGCAGAAAUCUCAAGGCCAUGGACAUCACUGGCUACUCAGACCCCUAUGUGAAAGUGUCCCUAAUAUGCGAUGGAAGACGCCUGAAAAAGAAGAAGACGACUAUCAAGAAAAACACACUUAAUCCCACCUACAAUGAAGCGAUUAUCUUUGACAUCCCACCAGAGAGCAUGGACCAAGUCAGUCUUCUUAUCUCAGUCAUGGACUAUGACAGGGUGGGACACAAUGAAAUAAUAGGCGUGAACCGUGUGGGAAGCAACGCUGAAGGUCUCGGCAGGGACCACUGGAAUGAAAUGCUGGCCUACCCUCGCAAGCCUAUUGCUCACUGGCACCCGUUACAGGAAGCAAAGAAAUCUGUCAAAGAGUGGCAGGGUCGCACCGCCAGCUUUGACAGCCAGGGAUCCUGCCCCUCACCCAAGCCCCCAUCGACUCCCUGAAGGAGGACCAUGCCAGGGUGGGUUUGCAGACACUGCUCUACUCUUGCCAUCUUCUUGUCUGAGGACAAUUCCUUCUUUGUCAAUUGUCAUCCAACUUGAAGAGUCACAGGACAACACAAAUGGAUGGAAUUUCUGACUGAGAUCAAUUGCAUUUUGACAUGGUUACAAGAAACAUACAUUCAUCAUUCCUAUCUGGUUUUAAAACAAACACUUAACCCUCUUGAUUUUCCAUACAUAUGAAUGUAAUUACUUAAAGGUACCAUGCCAGUUUGUUGCCAGAGUGAUGUAUUUCCGAGGCAUGGGGCUCUUUAUAAUACUUAUGGUCUUUUCUAUAGCAUGGAGACACAGGGAAAUCCCAAAACACACUAGAACUACACAGGAAAUUACCAUUGUAGCUGACAGCAAAACAAAAUGGCUAAGAAAGGAAAUGUCUGAGAGAUAAUAAUUAAGUGUAGGUGAUCAAAAGUAGUAAUAUAUCUGCUUAUGUGUUGUGUCCACAUGCUCGCUAAGGUCUAAGCAAAUGAGGUAAAAAUAACCUCAACAUAAUGGAAACAGAAGGUAUAAGGAGCCCAGUAAUGCUUGGAACAUGCAUGUCAUCUUCCUAGAGAAAACAUUUCAUAAACAUGCUUCCUGCAAAUUCUGUUUAGCAAACCUCAGACACAGGUCUUUACCUCAUAAGUGGAAAAUUGUAAAGUCCAUCUACAAGCAAGGAAGAAAAACCAGUACCAGUUGAGAGAAAAAAAAUCAGAAAGUCUUCAAAUACAUAUACUGUAAGUGUAUAGUGUCAUUUCCAACUCAACUGGAAAAUAAAACUUUUUAACAGUCUUAGCACACAGGCAACAUGAGUUAAGGAAAGGAAGCACUAGUCCAUCAUACCUACAGUUUUUUAAUUAAAGUAACAUAUGCAAAACAAAGAAAAUAAGAUGCUGUUUUGAAAUUUCUAUAAACUCUUGUGAUCUAGUUCCCUAGACAUGGUUCGUUUUAAAACCUAAAGAGGUAGAAAUCCAAGUGAAAAUCCCAAGGAUUAAGAUCUGUUCAAUAUAUAGAAAACAGAGGGUAGUGUUUUGAGAAGAGAUCUCAAUGUCGAUUCACAUGAUCUCUCUUGGCAUUUAUAUUGUCUUUUUAAAUUUGUGCUGAGUGUUUGAUCUCAUUUUGUAUCUGGCUACCUUUUGCAUGCCCUGUAAGAUUUUUAAAUCUUAUUUUUUAAUCGGUUUAAUCAGUAUUGCUUAAACUGCCCUUAAAAUCAAGUUUUUAUUUAUUUACCUUGUGGAAUAAACCAUACUUAUUUGCUUUGAUGAUGAUCAUUCAUCCAUUCUCUACCAAUUCCACCUCUAUGGGCCCACUCCAGUCUGCUUGUCUUAAGGACAUUCCUUUACAGCCUUUCAUAAAACUUUAAAAGCAAAGAAAGCAAAUUCCCUGGACUGCUGAUUUAUAGAAUAAACACUCAUGUUUUAAUGUUUUAUUCACUGGACCCCUCGGGUUUCUUCACCCUUAUUCUUUCUAACUUGUUGUGGUUGUCAUAGGAGACCUAAUUUAGUUAGCAAAAUUCUCUGUUGUGUUUUUUUCCCCGUCAAAAUUGAAAUUGAAAACCUGUAUUAAUAGAUUCAAUAAUAGUGUUAGUCUUAUCAUAUACUUUUGAGAGUUUAACAAAAGAUAUUGUCUGGAAUUCAUUACUAGACAUUUUGCAUGUUGGCCAGCAACUUGCCUGACCCACACAGAAUCUGAAAUUUGCCCUGGAUGGUAUCCUUUGAUUCCUCUCCUUGAAGUUUCUGAUCUCUGGACUCCCCAAACAGACUCAUAAUCCUUGUACUGUGAGGUCCUGAUCUUGGGUGGUCAGGCAUACUGCUGCUGCUGUAAGCAAUUACAACAAACAGUAUGCUGCCCUGUUGUUCUGCACUUUGCAUGAAACUACUGAGCUUCUGUUUAGAUAUAGAGCACAGAAACUGGGAAUUUACACAAAAUAUUGUCCAAACAGAUUUAGCAAAUUGCUCCAAAUCACAGUUUCACAAUUUCAGAAAGACAACAUAAUUACCAAGUGAGAGAACAUAAUAUGGCCUUUCACAUUCUUAUUCUUAAAAAAAUUGUAUUCAAGGAAAAUAUCAGUUUGGUGGUUCAAUUAAUGAGUUUUAAUAAAUUUGUAGGAUAACGCUGAUGGUUUCUCCAGUUUCCAAUCUAAAAAGAUGUGUCCCUGUCUAUACUUUAUUAUUUUUACUAGCAAUAUUUUACUAAGCAUCUGAUCGUCUAGGUCAAUGCCUCCAUUUUAAAUGUAUUAUGUUGUAAAUUAAUUAUUUUAUUGCAUAUGAUACUUCUUGUUUUUGUUUUCUAUUAUCAUCAGUCUCACCCUAGAUAACAUCUAAAGUAUGCUACUGUUUUCUGUAUCCUUUGAAGAGUGGAGAUACUGCCAUUCCCUAUGGUGUUCUGCUAAAAACCUUUUCACAAAUGAGGUAUUCCACUAGUAUGUUCUGUUUUUGUAUGAAAAAUGCCAUGAAUGACAGGGAUUUGAGAUAAAAAAGAAACCCUUCAAUUUGAUCAUGCCUAUUGUGACACAGGCAUGAGUGCAUAGUAGGACAUUUCCAUUUACUCUAUGAAGCACAGCAGUUCAUACACAGCAUAAAGGAGUGGUUAGGGUUCUGGUUACUCAGCUAGAGGGUAAUUGGUCCAAAUUCUGCAAAACCUCACACAGAUUGUUUAGCAAAUGCCCUGCUUUAUACAUGGGUCUCCAUGUUGCCAUUUUAAAUGAGGAGUUGUAGAGUCACCUCAUGUAUAAAGGAAUGAAGAACAAUCACAUUAUACUGCAGAUUUCCUGUUUGGAGUUAAGAAACAAAUUAACACCAGAGUGUAUCAUUUCUUUAUUUGACCACAAUCAAAUGAUUUCAACAGAUAUUUUCAAAAGCAACAAAUACCAAAUUGUAUUUCUAACUCUUUUGCAGCAAACUGAAUAUUUUGAAUGGGUGGGUAUCUAGCAAGAUGCAACCCCCUCAUAAAAAAAGAAAUAAAGAUUUUUCUGUCUUUUGCAUAUUUUUGUACAACAACAAGCUGAAGCACAAUAUUAACCUUUUUCUGGCAUCUGGCUGUAAUGUCCUGGCUUCUGCAACUUGGUAUGCUGAUAGUGUUAUUUGUACAUUUUUAGUUGUAAUAUUGCAAAAAUGAAAUCAACUCAUAUUUUGGAAGGUUGGAGGUGUUAGUGUUAGAAGAGUCAGAAAUAGGUGCUCCACAGAGCUCACAAAUCAAGCUAUGAGAGUCAGACUUGCAUAAGAUUCUUUGUAAAUGUUUUCAAUUAGUUUACAUCAUUUCACAUUGCAAGGGGUGCAUACAGGAAGGAAGCACCUCUUGACUUUGCACAGAACUACAUGAAUUACUCAGCUUAGCCUUAGCUAUGAAAAAGUCAGAAAACGUUACUUUUCCCCCCAGAUCCAUUCCAGUAGUCCCUCAAUAAUUAAGGGCUGUCCCUAUGGCUGCUGAGAGGCUACAAAGUCAAGGUUGUUUGCCCCAUCUAAUCUGGGACAACUUUAGACACCUUUUUUCGUUCCCGGAUGUGCAGAUGCCAUCAGCUUUCUACUGUGAUAUCUAUAAAUAGGCAGCCACUUAGAGAAAAUGAAAUAGUCAGGGAGACAUCUCCAGUUAGCUGAAGUGAUCAAUGUUCACUUGAAUUUUAAUAUGAAACAAGUAGUCUGUUUAUGUACAUUUCCAGACUGUAGCAGAAAGGGUCACAAACAAUUGUCAGUUCUACACUUUAAAAAAGAUGGAGUACUUAUUUUAAAAUACGUGUUAGUGUUCUUUAUUACAUUAUAUACUAAAAUGUAUACACAUGUAUACAGGAUGAUCUGUGCAACAUAACAAUUAUGGAAUUUUUCAACUCUUUAUCUGUAACUUUCAGUUCACACAGAAUUUGACAAGUUGCAAUGUCACGAUAAUCUUUUUAAUUGUUUCCUACAGUACAUGGUGUUUGAUAAUGUUCCUCUGUUAAGUCAUUGUAGCAGAAAUUCUGUAGCUGGUUCAAUUGGCUUAAAUAAUUUGGCUUUGUUUCUGUUCAAGAUUGUUUAACUGUGCUCCAGUGUUUAUACUGUUCCUAAUGUUUUUUUUUCUUCUUCCAUGAAUUCAUGCAAAUGAGUAAUUUCCAGUUUUGUAUUGAAAAUUUCUAUUUGUAUCUAUAUAUGUUUUAAACCUUUCCCUAUGUUUUAAGGAUAGGGAAAUGUAACAAAUAAACCUUCCAAGUUCUAAUAGAGUGUUUCGGCGGGGUUUUUUCAUUGUCAGAUUGAGAACCCUUGACCAAAAUAAUGAGUAUAACACAUAAAUAAUAACAGAUAUGAUACACCUAAAGUACCAAAAGGCCACCUCUUGUUUGUCACUAUUGUUAUUUUUUUACAUAACCCAUUUCGAAAUAGGAACAUAAUUUUUGACUAAUAAUACGUACAGCAUUUACAGUAGGAAUCAUCAGUCUGCAGACAGACUGAGCAGAUCUGAAUGAUCCAUAGAGUGUGCGCAUUUCUCCUACUAGGAUGCAGUGGAUGCUGCCCUUUUAAUGAUUCAGUCAAUCGCCUAGUUUAAAAGAAAGAAAGACAGUAGUUUGUGUGCACACUUUGUUUGUUUUCUGUUAAAUCCAAGAAU